AUGUCGGACGGAGACGACGGAGAUGACGACGACGCGCAGAAAAGGCGAGAGCUGCAGCUGCGCGCUGACAACUUGAAAGCUUCGAUUCAGCUGAUCGAUGAUUUUGUGAAGCUUCUCCCGACUAGCAAGGACGCAAACCUGAAAGAUCAAGUGCCCAUCAGGUUGGAAAAGUUGGAGAGCUUUUACAACCAGUACAUGGAUAUCAUCGUGAAGCUUCAGUUGCUUCCCGUGGAACAGCCAGCCGUCGACUACAGCAAACGGAUGGAGAGGUUUGAGGCGAAAUAUUACGAGCUAAAGACGGCACUGACGAAAGCUUUGGAGAAGAAGCCGUUCCUACCAGAAGGCCAGCUCAAGGUCAACCUGCCGCAGGCUGCUCGUCACGUCAAGUAUCCUGAACUCAAGCUACCAGAGUUCUCCGGCAAUCCUCUCGACUGGCAAGCUUUCCACGACCGUUUUGUUGCUGCUGUGCACUCCUCAAAGGAGUUGAGUGACUCCGAAAAGCUCUCGUACUUGACAGGACUUGUGGUAGGCAAAGCUGCAGAUGUGAUUGCGGGCAUUCCAACGGAGGACCAAUACUACGGCGAAGCGUGGGAACGGUUGAACAGACGGUACGGCGACAAACGGGUCUUGGUAACGGCACACCUGGCGGAGCUGUUUGACACCCCGGCGAUGGAGAAAGAAUCCACCGAAGCCCUUUUGAAACUCGUCGACCGCUUCGACCGAAUCGUCGCGAUCUUGAAGAAGUUGGGUGAGCCUACGGACAGCUGGGGCACGAUUUUGGUUUAUCAACUCAGCUUGCGCUUGGUCCUGAACACGCUGCGCGAGUGGGAGAAUCACGUCGCUCGGGAAUCAACGGACCAGCAGGGCUCAACGAACACCGAGAUGCCGAAGUAUGCUGACAUGGUCGUCUUUCUCCAAAGUCAAGCUCGUAUUAUUCAAGCUCUGAACCCACUGACGACCUCGCUGUCGACACGUUUGAGAGAACAACGUCCCAAACCAGCAACAAAGUUCUCUACGCUGCACGUGUCACAGUCGUCCACUGUAGGUCGUUCGACAACUGCUCGCAAGUGCCUGCAAUGUGAGGGAGCCCAUUUUUUGCACCAGUGCUUCAAGUUUCGCAAGUUUUCGCCGAAGCAGCGCUUUGAGUUUGUGAAGCUACACCGUUUGUGCUUGAACUGCAUGAAAACUGACUCACACGGCUGCAGGGCGUGUUCCUCGGAUGGAUGUCGCAUUUGUGGAAAACCCCAUCACACGCUUAUCCAUCUUCCGCCUCUCGAGCCGCAACCUCAAGGUCAAAACUCCAGCGGUCAGCAGUCGUCUGGUCAAUCAUCGACGAACCAAGCUGAUUUCGAUCCUGGACAAGGUGGUCUACAACUCGCCAACACCAGUGGAUCGUCCGUCAGUAGCAGUUUUUUCCUGGUUCACGAACACACACCCGCACUCACGCCAGCCACACCUCUCGACACAACUUCGCCUCAACCGGAAACGAACCCACCAGCGGUGCUCGCGGCACACUCGGCGAAGCUUCCUAGCGAAAAAGUACUGCUGUGCACAGCGUUGGUCCUCUUCGAUGACUGUUGCGGAGCUAAGGUCGUUGCGCGGGUUCUCCUGGACAGCGGCUCGCAGUUCAACCUGAUGACGGAGGCACUCUACCAGAAGCUGAAGCUCCCCGCUGUUCCGGACCACGUGCAGCUUGGUGGUGUUGGGCAACUAGUUACGAACAUCAAGAAGGCCGUCGAAACCACCGUCUCGUCUCGCAGUUCUGGUUUCGCUAAAGCGUUGAAGUUUCUCGUGCUGCCCACAAUUUCGUGCGAUCAACCAACUCAACCUCUAACAACAGCAGUGGAGUGGGAGAUUCCUUCUUGGGUUACACUCGCCGAUCCGACUUUCUGCACGCCAGGGGCAAUCGAUGCUCUCGUAGGUGCUGGAACUUUUUUCGAUUUGUUGCGCUAUGGAAAGGUGACUCUUGGUGAACACCUACCUGUCCUUCAAAACACCACGCUCGGAUGGAUAGUGUCUGGCGAAUUCUCGGAUUGCCACACUGAUUCCGCUGAAUCUCGCCAUUGUCUCCUAACGCAAGACCAGCGCCUCGACCAGCUGGUAGCACGUUUUUGGGAGUUGGAGCAAUGCACCUCAAGCACAUGCUGGUCCAUGUCGGAGAAAUUCUGCGAGGAACAUUUCGUUGGUAACGUGGCCCGCAACGAGCUGGGCCGGUAUGUGGUCCGUCUCCCCAAGAAAGAAGAACUCGUACCUCGACUACGGGACAACCACUUCAACGCACAGCGUCGUUUCCUAUCCUUGGAACGGAAACUGGACGCCAACCCAACACUACGUGCGCAAUACGAGGACUUCAUCAACGAGUACAUUCGAUUGGGCCACAUGCGCGAGGUCACCCCGGAGGAGCUAGCAGCCGAACGCGACGAAACUCCGCGGUACUAUCUUCCGCACCUUGCUGUUCUUCGCCCCGAAAGCACGACCACGAAGCUCCGCACAGUCUUCGACGCUUCCUGCAAGAGCUGCUCCGGACUGUCGCUGAACGACGUUCUUCUCGCCGGGCCAACUAUCCAGGACACGCUGCUCUCGAUCGUGCUGCGGUUUCGGAUGCACGCAUUUGUCGUUACUGGGGACAUCGAGAAGAUGUAUCGCCAGAUUCUCGUGCACACCGCAGAUCAACCACUGCAGCGGAUUCUUUGGCGUGGAAACAGAACCGAGCCGCUCAAGACGUACCAACUUCUUACCGUCACGUAUGGUACGAAUUGUGCUCCGUUUCUCGCCACCCGUGUCCUGCAGCAGCUCGCGGAGGAUGAAAAAGCGCGGUUUCCUCUGGCAGCACCUGUCGUCCGAAAAGACUUGUACAUGGACGAUCUUCUGGCUGGGCGGGAUGAUUUGGAAGAACUUCAACUACUCUGUGCUGAGCUGCGCAGCAUUUUCGAGAGCGCUGGGAUGUGCCUGCGCAAGAUAUCGUCCAACACCCAAGAAGUCCUCAACGAGUUUCCUGAUGAGUGUCGUGAAGUCAAGUCUGUCAUCGAGUUCGACACAGAAGCGCCGAUAAAAGCCCUCGGCCUACUGUGGGAGCCCUCCUCGGAUGAGAUCCUGUACAAGCAACCAAAGUUCACCCAGUGCCAGCAAUACACGAAACGCAUAAUUCUGUCGCAAACAUCCACCUUUUUCGAUCCCUUGGGAUUGCUCGGGCCGGUUGUCGUCAAAGCCAAAAUUCUCAUCCAGGCCCUGUGGAAGUUGGAGUACGACUGGGACACGCCGCUGCCAGAGGAAUUUGCGCGCGAGUGGGAGGAGUACCAGUCGCAGUUUGGAAAACUCAAGCAGUUUCGCCUGCCCCGACACGUCAGAGCCCAUCGUCCGCAAUUGACCGAAAUUCAUGGAUUCUGCGACGCAUCCGUGGAUGCGUACGGCGCUUGUGUGUACAUCCGUACGGUUGAUCAACAGGGUUGCAUCACAAUCAGGCUCUUGACAGCUAAGUCCCGCGUCGCACCGUUGGACAGCAAGUCGAUUGCGCGGCUAGAACUGUGCGCAGCUCUACUCCUCGCUCGGUUGAUUCGGACGGUAACAGCAAGCAUCGGCGACCAGUACAAAGUUUUCCUGUGGACCGACUCUAUGAUCGUUCUACACUGGCUGUCUGCAACACCGUCAACCUGGGACACGUUUGUAGCUAACAGAGUCGCGGAAAUCCAGGAACUCACUGCUGGCGCUACUUGGAACUUCGUCCCUGGCCACGAGAAUCCCGCCGACAUUAUCUCGCGGGGAAUGGACCUGCAUCUGCUGAUCGCUUGCCUGCUGUGGUGGAACUCUCCACUGUGGCUCAACGACGCCGCGCUGCCGUGGCCUCAACCACCCGAACUGCUCCAGCAACUACGAGGAAGAGACCUGGAACGACGACGUGGAGCGGCCUACACGAUUGCGCAGCAAGAGACAAAUUUGAUGGGGAAAUUCUCGUCGUUCACAACUUUUCUCCGGGUAGCCGCACUGUGCCGGAGGUUCGUUCACAACUUGCGAAGCCAUGCCCACAAUCGGCUGCACCCAAAUCAACCUUUUCGUCUGCGUCUCCAAGGACCCGUCACCGUCGACGAGCUCAACGAAACUCUCAACGCAGUGGUUUGUCAAGUGCAAAGCGAACAUUUUGCGGCAGAGGUUGCUGCGCUCAAAGCUGGAAGAAACGUGCCCCAUUCGUCAACACUUCGCUACCUGAACCCGGAACUUCACGCUGGUAUUCUUCGGGUCGGUGGCCGGCUGAAGCACGCUGGAAUCGCUGCUGACGAGAAGAACCCUAUCGUGCUGCCCCGCAAGCACCCGCUGGCCUACUUGAUCGCUGAGACAACGCAUCGCCAGCAUCUGCACUGUGGGCCUCAACUGUUGCUUGCAAAUCUUCGUCAGCGCUUCUGGCCGUUGGGCGGCCGAGACCUCGUUCGAAACGUGGUGCGCUCGUGCGUCACUUGCGUCAAGGCGCAGCCUCGCAACCUGUCGCAGCUUAUGGGGUCUCUACCAGCGGUUCGAGUGACGCAAGCGCACGCCUUCGAGAACGUCGGAGUAGAUUACGCUGGGCCUUUUUACCUUCGACGGUCUGGGCCACGUGCGGCUCCUACCAAAUCGUACGUGUCCGUCUUCGUCUGCAUGGCUACAAAGGCUUGCCAUUUGGAGCUGGUCAGUGAACUCACCACGGAGGCGUUCAUUGCGUGCUUGCGUCGAUUCAUUGCCAGGAGAGGUCGGCCACGUAACAUCUACUGCGAUAACGCGACGAAUUUUGUGGGUGCCGAUCGAGAAUUGCGUGAGCUUCGUCGUUUGUUCCUGUCGCAGCAGCAUCGCCACGAAGUCGUCAACGAAACAUCCGCUCAGCAGGUCAAGUUCCACUUUAUCCCAGCGAAGUCUCCAAGCUACGGUGGUUUAUGGGAGGCCUGCGUGAAGUCCAUGAAGUUUCACCUCCGUCGGAUCCUUGGCAACGCGUUCCUGAACAGCGAAGCUUUCUGCACCGUGUUGGCCCAAGUCGAAAGCUGCCUGAACUCCAGACCAAUAACACCACUCUCGAACGACCCGAACGACAUGCAGGCUCUUACACCUGGGCAUUUUCUCAUCGGCCGACCCCUGGAUGCCCUGCCUGGUCCGGACUACUCCAGCGUUCCUGAAAACCGCCUGCAGAUGUGGAAGCGACUUCAGCAGUACGCGCAGCAUUUUUGGUCUCGGUGGCACCGCGAGUAUCUCACCACUCUCCAGCAACGAUACAAGUGGUCAACCCAAACAAGCAACCUCGUCAAGGGGUCGCUAGUUCUGCUGCGAGAAGAUUCGCUGCCCAUGCUGAAGUGGCCAAUGGGAAGGAUCGUGGACGUUCACCCGGGCGCUGAUGGCAUCGUGCGUGUUGCUUCAGUACGGUUGCCAACCGGAACCGUCUCCCGACGCGCGGUUUCCCGGCUGUGUGUACUUCCCGUCGAGGUCGAUCCGGCACGAAUUGCGCCAACCGCAGGUCCGGUCAACGAUCCAGGUUCAACAGGGUCAUCUGGCGACCCUGGUAACAACAGCACCGCUGCAACUGCAGCUGGUCCAGCCUAG